AUGCGUAUGAUCACCCCCUCCCAGCGUUAUCCGAGUCCCUAUUAUUCUGCUUCGGAUGUCAGUGCUUCACCGAACGGAAUUGCAUUGCCUUCUGCUGGCGAGACGAAGAUCUGCACCACGCCCCGUACAUUGUUCAAGCCCCACAAAGCACUGAGCUCUUCCAUAGACCUCGAUCCUGAUGGGGGUCUGAAAUCUGCCAACCCCGACCGACAUACCAUUGGAGAAUCCUCGACAGCUUCACUUCAUCUGAAGCGCCUUCUAAACACACGAAGUCGUGUAUUACCCCCCAAUCAAUCUUCACAAACCUUCGAUGAUGACCGCGCCACAGCUACUACGAGUUCAUACAACCAUCGGCCUUACCCCUCAACAUCACCGCACCAUCCCUACUCCGCUGCGGCUCGUUACUCUACUGCAUCACAUACGUUAGGCAAGGAAAGACAGCCGGGAUCUAUCCGCUUUCACCAUACUGUCGAAGACAUUCAGUCCGGAGGAGCCUAUCGUCACAUUCACGCGAGGUCCUCCUCGCACCCGUACGCCACUUGCCAUCCACCGAAACGCAAGCUCACUGUCCGUUGCCCUGGUGGCCGUUCAGUGGAAUAUCUUACCAUAAAAAUGCAGAACCUCGAGCAUUUCGAGGCACACAAGGGUGACGAUGUAUUGGACGUUGACACGAGUACGGAGGCGGUGGGAGAAGACGAGGAGGAGGAGCAAAUUCGAUCUGGACAAGAUGUGUACCGCCCUCCAAAAUUUAUUCGCCGGCCCACGCCAUCCUCGAGGAUGGACAGGACAGAAUCUGCAGAUGAAGAUGAGUUGUCAUAG